AUGAUCAACUCCAGUAAAAAUGAGGUCCAACUGACCUCCAGGCUUCCCUUCCCGCUUCGGGCUCGGGAAGCCCCGAAGGCUCCGACCGAGACGCUGGCGACGCUGGCGCCCAAGCGCUACACCGUGGCCACGGAGAAGGUCACUACACUCGAAGAGGAGCUCAAGACGAGGUGCGGUGUCUUGGGCGCGCGACGCCGGCAGAGUGCCUCGCUGUUUGGCGAGGCCGUGCGCUGCGCGGAGAAGGCCGCUGCGCUGCAGCGCGCCCUGCAACGCGUGCACGGCGCGGGCGCGGGCGCGGUGCUGGGCGGAGCGUGGCAGAGGAAGUGGCUGUCGGAGCUGGAGGUCGGCCUCAACCGCUUGGAGUUGACAGGCUCCUCUGCUGAGACUUUGCUCAAGGUCUUGGAGCAUCAUGGCUGGACAAGCGAUCCGCUUGAGGAUGGCAGUGGCCACUUUAGUGGCGACAACCCCCCUGACUUGAAUGUGUUGUUGAAGAAGCUGCGCUUCCUCGCGGGCGACCUGGCAUCGGCCCCGCCGUCCUCCGUUCCGGAGACGGCGCCGUCCUCCGCUCCAGAGGAGUGGCCAGAAGAAUGGCAAGAAGAAUGGCCAGAAGAAUGGCAAGAAGAGUGGCCGGAAGAAUGGCAAGAAGAGUGGCCAGAAGAAUGGUGGGCCAGCGAGGCCACGUAG